UGUCAUAUUGAAUCCAUAGGCGGACAAGGCAUCAUGACGCUAGGAAAAAUAUUGUUGAUUGGCUUUUUGCUACUGAGUAUUUCAAUUUUCGAUGGCGAAGCAAAAGUUUUGGACGAAACCUGUACACCACCAGCAACGGGUGUAACAGAUGAAUGUUCGGUAGACAAUUCCGAGUGUAAACCUGACAAAUGUGUAUGCAUAGACGGAUUCAUAAAAGAAAAUGGAGCAUGUCCAAAAGCAUUAGACCAAACGUGUACGGAUACAAACGAAUGUGUCACUAAUUCGAAGUGUGAUGGAGAUGAUGGGUCUAAAACAUGCACUUGUAACGAUGGCUACUUCAAUAAAGAGGGGUUAUGCUCAAAAGCUGUCAGCGGGAUUGAUUGCGGUUCAGAUAAAACAGCAUGUGACACUAUCGGAAAUGCCGUCUGUGACACAGAGACAUCAAACUGUAAAUGUGAGCCUGACUACAUUAUGAAUGGUGACAAGUGUGACCCCAAAAAUGCUGCUACAACCAUUGGAUUCGGCGCCAUGUCACUAGCGUUGUUACUUUCGGCAGCCUCUUUCUCUUUUGUGUUGUUCUAAAGAAAAUAAAUAGUUGUGUUCCCGGAAAAUAUACAGCGAAUUAUCCUGACCUUCUGUUUGUUUUGUUUGUUUUCAUGUAUACGUUUGAAAAAGACAUUUUUCUUUCUUUAUUGUUGCGGUAAAUGCAGUUGAUUUACUUCGAAAAGUAAUAGUUUCAGGAUAUCUUGUUUGGUAUUGUGAAUUCAUUAAUUUCAUAGUUAAAAACUUUAAAACACAAUCUCUAUUUAUCAAUGUUGCUCAUAGCAGUUUCAUACACAUGUAUAUACACUAUAUAUUUCAAUUAAACAUGAGAAUUUAUUUUAUAAAUAAUGGAACCACUACAGUUAAUGCAAGUUACAAGUUAUUAAAAAAUGUAAAGGAUUCCACCCAAGAUUCUAAAUAGUUUUAAUGUUUAUUUUUUAUUCUUAACACUAUUUCCUUAUAAAAAUAUAAUUAUAUUUCAUUAUAUUUUGUUUUACAUAUGUUGUCUUUACCCUUCUAUAUUUUCUUGAUUUGUUUGCUUAAAGUGAAGUGUUGAUUUUAUUAAUCUUACAACUGUUAAGUUUUUAAGUGAAGGGUAAACGUUUACUAUAUGAAUAUAUUUUUGGUAGAUCAUGCUACAUUGUUUUAUACAGAGAUAAGUAUGUAAAAACCGAAAUGGUUACUAAUCGGUACUGAGUAUCAUCCGGAAUCACGUGAUGUGCGUAUAGAAUGUUUCGAUAAAGCUCACAAAGUUAAAAAAGAUCUUACCUAUAUACCAAAAUAUCAACUUGUAUUGUUUAAUAAAGUUGUGUUAAUAUAACAAGGUUUGUGUGGAACUUGACAUAAAAGACACUAUUUUGAGAAAAAAAAAGUUAUCUUAAAAAAAAUAAUGAUGAAGGUUGGCCUUUCAGUGUCAUCAACAUGACUUAAUAAGUGUUUACGUCACUGGAUGAUAUUCCCGACGAACGCCAUGUGAUUAUGGCUAAACGUAAAUGUUCAUUUAAAAAUAUAUAUAAUACAUACAGAAUCAAAUAGAAUUAACAUCUAACAUCAAGAUGUUUUAAAAACUGAUUUACUUGAGUGCGUUCAUGCCGUUGAAUGAUGACACUAUAGCAUAAAUACACUUUUUUUAUUAAAUUCUUUGUUCAUGAUGAUAUAAUUUUAAAAAGAAAAUGUACAUGCAUAAUAUUUCUAUAAUAAUAAACGGUUGCAACUUGAAAA